GAUGGUCCGGGGGAAGGCUUCCACGAAUCUGGAAUCUCGUUGUCUGUAUGCAGUAAUUUGGCCGGGGGUGGUCGAGGGCAGCCUGAGUUGAGAGAAGUUAGACAUGAACGCACAAUUAAAACAAUUUAAUAUCGAGUCUUUCAGCCAGUAAAACCCCAGCAAAGGAACUUUUGGAGUCGGGUUGACUGUUUCUUCGUGAGCUAAUGGAUUUAUGAAAACGACGAACGGAUCUUCUAUCGCUUCUAAAAUCUCUUAGAAUUGAAGUGGGAAUAUUGCACACCUUUUCGUACUUUUCGUACCGAAAGGUACAACUAGACUUAAUCACAUUUUAUAGUAGCUAAUGUAGUCCUAUCCUACAUUUUUUUCUUUCUACGUUUUUACCUUGUACAUUUUGAAGGUCUGGGAUUGGGUCAGACUUCUCCCUGGAGGAAGCUUUCUUUUGAUGCUUUGCGCAUUGUUUUCUUUUCUUUUGGGCAAGUUGGGUAAACGUGGGAAAAGUAUAAUAUAUUGUAAAAGUUUCCUCGUUUAAUACCGCAUAUUUACGGGUUAAAAUAAACUACGUUGGAUAUUCAAGCUUUUGUAAAAGAAAAAAUUAACAUCAAAUCUCGGAGUACAACAUUUUUCUACGCUGGCAGUUUCGUCGCCUCUCGAGGGUUUUGUCAAAAAAGUUUGGCACAGUGAAUGCCUCAGUGCUGAUGCCCCAGAGGUCCGGAUGGAGUUCCAGUCACAGAGUAAUCAACAGCUGUAGCGCACCCCACAGGAUGUUUGCGGUGCAGAGUAUGCUGGUGGUUCUGGCCUUUCUUGCCCAGAUUUUACCCUCCCAGGCCCGGCCUGCCAUCCCAGAUGAAGUCGUCUCUGCACCACCUGUGAAAAUCCAAGCAGAGCUUUACACCCUGUACCCUGGAGACCGACUGGAGCUGAAAUGUAGCACUGAGUCAGUCAAUUGGACCAAGGAUGACACAUUGGUGGUGGAUGGGGAGCACACACGUUUACGAGACGGCCAACUGGAGAUCGAGGGGGUGGAGCCGGCUGACUCGGGCCUGUACACCUGCGUCGCCUUUGGCAACCACAGCUCCUACUUCUCUGUCAAUGUCACAGUUGAUAUCCUGGCAUCCUCUGAAGAUGAAGAAGAGGAGGAUGAGUCUUCCUCAGAGGAGGCAAAGCUGUCUAGCAGUCAAAAGCUUUUGCCAAUGGCCCCUCAGUGGGCUCAGCCAGAGAAGAUGGAAAAAAAGUUGCAUGCUGUCCCAGCCAGUAAGACUGUCAAGUUCCGCUGCCAGGCCAGUGGGAACCCUACCCCAACACUCAAGUGGUUCAAGAACGGCAAGGAGUUCAAGAGGGAUCAGCGCAUCGGGGGCUUCAAGGUUCGAGAACACAUGUGGACCAUAAUCAUGGAGUCUGUAGUGCCAUCCGACAAGGGAAACUACACCUGUGUAGUAGAAAACCAACAUGGAAGCAUUAACCACACUUACCAGCUGGAUGUUGUUGAGCGUUCCCCCCACAGACCCAUCCUGCAGGCGGGACUGCCAGCCAAUAACACUGCGGUGGUGGGCAGUGAUGUGGAGUUUGAGUGUAAGGUGUUCAGCGACCCCCAGCCUCACAUCCAGUGGCUGAAGCACAUCGAGGUCAAUGGAAGCCGCGUGGGCCCUGAUGGCUUACCCUACGUCCGUGUCCUCAAGCACUCUGGGGUUAAUAGCUCGGACACUCAGGUGUUGACCCUCUACAAUGUCACUGAGGAGGAGAGCGGGGAGUAUAUAUGUAAAGUGUCCAAUUAUAUAGGCGAGGCCAAUCAGUCAGCCUGGCUGACCGUCAUCAGGCAUGAGGCCCAAGCAGUCCCCCCUUCUCCACCACCCAACCAAACCUACCUGGAAGUGCUGAUCUACUGUGUGGGCUUCUUCCUCAUUGCUGUCAUGGUGGCCGUGGCCAUCAUCUUAAAGAUGCGCAGCUCGUCCAAGAAGAGUGACUUCAGCAGUCAGCUGGCUGUCCACAAGCUGGCUAAAAGCAUCCCCCUGCGCAGACAGGUAACAGUGUCAGUGGACUCUAGCUCCUCCCUCCACUCCGGGGUGAUGUUGGUGCGGCCCUCCCGCCUCUCAUCCAGCGGCUCUCCUAUGCUGUCUGGGGUGUCUGAGUACGAGUUGCCCCAGGAUCCACGCUGGGAGCUGCCCAGAGACCGACUGGUGCUGGGGAAACCCUUGGGAGAAGGCUGCUUUGGCCAGGUGGUGAUGGGAGAGGCUGUAGGGAUGGACAAAGAGAAGCCAAACAGGAUCACCAAAGUGGCCGUGAAGAUGCUCAAAUCUGAUGCUACAGAGAAAGACCUGUCAGAUCUGAUCUCUGAGAUGGAGAUGAUGAAGAUCAUUGGGAAGCACAAGAACAUCAUUAACCUGCUGGGAGCCUGUACCCAGGAUGGUCCUCUCUAUGUUAUUGUGGAGUAUGCCUCCAAGGGAAACCUCCGGGAGUACCUGAGAGCUCGGCGUCCACCAGGCAUGGAGUACUGCUACAACCCUGACCAGGUGCCCAUAGAGAACAUGUCUAUCAAAGACCUGGUGUCCUGUGCCUACCAGGUGGCCCGCGGCAUGGAGUACCUGUCCUCUAAGAAGGUAACAUCAGGAUCCGACUCUACGUACAUCAGCACAUGUAUCCACAGAGACCUGGCUGCCCGCAACGUACUGGUGACUGAGGACAAUGUGAUGAAGAUCGCAGACUUUGGCCUGGCCAGAGAUAUCCACCAUAUUGAUUACUAUAAGAAGACCACCAAUGGUCGUUUGCCAGUCAAGUGGAUGGCCCCAGAAGCUCUAUUUGACCGGAUAUACACGCACCAAAGUGAUGUAUGGUCUUUCGGGGUGCUGCUGUGGGAGAUCUUCACACUGGGGGGCUCGCCGUACCCGGGGGUUCCUGUGGAGGAAUUGUUCAAGCUGCUGAAGGAGGGCCACCGCAUGGACAAGCCCUCCACCUGCACCCAUGAACUAUACAUGAUGAUGAGGGACUGCUGGCAUGCUGUUCCCUCUCACCGGCCCACGUUCAAACAGCUGGUGGAAGACCUGGACCGCACCCUGGCCAUGACGUCCAACCAGGAGUACUUGGAGCUGUCUGUGCCUCUGGACCAGUAUUCCCCCAGCUACCCUGACACACGCAGCUCCACCUGCUCCUCGGGCGAGGACUCGGUCUUCUCCCACGAUGCUGGUGCUGAGGAGCCCUGCCUGCCAAAGUUCCCUCCCCACUCCAAUGGGGUGGCCAUCAAGAAACGCUGAUACCUCACUCCCCUCAAAUACCAAAUAUUCAUUUUCCUGUGUUCUCCUCUGCACAACUGGCCUGGUAUGGAUAUUUCCCACCCUCCCAGAGACUAGGUAACACACCAGUGGAGAUUGUGAUGGGCUUACUUACUUCUGAAAUGUUUAAACCGACCGGUAGGGCAUCAAGAACUCAAGGCAGUUUGCUUGCUCGUGGAUGAGGUGGAAAUGUUUUCAGGGCACUUUGUAUUGCUGGGAUUUUCUUUCUGUUUGUGUCAAACAGUGCAGGAGAAAGAAACACUCACUAAUUUCUCUACUCUGAGCAUUCCACUGAACAAGGGAAACAGACAGGAUUGAAUUGAAAGGAUUAUGAAAUGGAUGGAUCAGAGUUAGAAUUAUGUCUGUUGUAUUUGUUAAUCAAUAAUAAAUGACCAAUUCCAGAGAAUAUAUUACCAAGGGACAUUCAUACAUUGUAUACACUAUAUAUACAAAAGUAUGUGGGCAUGCUUUCAAAUGAGUGGAUUCGGCCAUUUCAUCCACAUCUGUUGCUGUCCGGUGUAUAAAAUCGAGAACACAGCCAUGUAAUCUUCAUAGACAAACAUCAGCAGUAGAAUGGCCUUACUGAAGAGCUCAGUGACUUUCAACGUGGCACCGUCAUAGGAUGCCACCUUUCCAACACGUUACGUUAUCACAUUUCUGCCCUGCUAGAGUGGCCCCGGUCAACUGUAAGUGCUGUUAUUGUAAAGUGGAAAUGUCUAGGAGCAACAACGGCUCAGCCGUGAAGUGGUAGAACACACAAGCUCACAGAAUGGGAGUGCUGAAGCAUGUAAAAAUCCUUGGUCCUUGGUUGCAACACUCACUAUCAAGUUCCAAACUGCCUCUGGAAGCAACGUCAGCACAAUAACUGUUUGUCGGGAGCUUCAUGAAAUGGGUUUCCAUGGCCGAGCAGCCGCACUCAAGCCUAAGCUCAACAUGCGCAAUGCCAAGCAUCUGCUGGAGUGGUGUAAAGCUCGCCCCCAUUGGGCUCUGGAGCAUUGGAAACGAGUUCUCUGGAGUGAUGAAUCACGAUUCACAUCUGGCAGUCCGUCGGACUAAUCUGGGUUUGGCGGAUGCCAGAAGAACGCUAUCUGCCCCAAUGCAUAGUGCCAACUGUAAAGCUUGGUGGAGGAGGAAUAAUGGUCUGGGCUGUUUUUCAUGGUUCGGGCUUGGCCCCUUCGUUCCAGUGAAGGGAAAUAUUAACGCUACAGCAUACAAACAUUCUACACGAUUCUGUGCUUCCAACUUUGUGGCAACAGUUUGGACAAUGCCCCUGUGCACAAAGCGAGGUCCAUACAGGAAUGGUUUGUCGAGAUCGGUGUGGAAGAACUUGACUGGCCUGCACAGAACCCUGACCUCAACCCCAUCGAACACCUUUGGAAUUAAUUGGAAUGUCGACUGCGAGCCAGGCCUAAUCGCCCAACAUCAGUGCCUGACUUUACUAAUGCUCUUGUGGCUGAAUGGACGCAAGUCUCCGCAGCAAUGUUCCAACAUCUAGUGCAAUGUCUUCCAAGAAGAGUGGACGCUGUUAUAGCAGCAAAGGGGGGAACAACUGCAUAUUCAUGCCCUUGAUUUUGGAAUGAGAUGUUCAACGAGCAGUCCACAUACUUUUGGUUAUGUGGUGUAUGUUGGGUCAGUGGUCAGUUAUUCUUUCAAACUAGUAUGUCCUUGUAAAUACAGUUAGGCAUUAAUAAGAAUAUAUAUAUAUUUACACUGUUCUUGUUUUUAUUACCAUAUUUGUUUUGUUUUUGUACAAGGAUGCUCAUGUUUGAUCCAUUUCAGUAUAAUCCAUAGGGGAGUUUGCUACAUGAAAUUACUUUUAAAUUGUAUUGAAUAUUUCAUGGCCAGUUUUUGCUGUCUCAAUUCUUUGUCAGCUUUGCUUUUUUUCCUUUAAUCAAUCAGCCGCUUAACCAUUAGUGGAAACAUUCUACGUAUAUUUUUAUUUUCAAGUACAAAUGUUUUUCAUGUCAACCUGCAAUACAGCGUUAUUCUUAGCUCCACGUCCGUAGUUGAUGUCGAUUAGAGAAACCAGCAAUGUUCUCUCACUGAAAUCCAUGCUGUAGUAGUUUGUGCCUGUGUGAGGGUGUUCGUCUUUUAUGUACCUCUUCUCAUUGAUGAACGGUCGUUUAUUUUAAGUAUGAUCACAGCUGUACAUUUUUCUAGUUAACCAUGCUUAAAAUAAAAACAGAAUGAUAUGCUUCAGAAAACACCAUGCACUUUCAUUGUGCAUGCCUGCCAUGUAAUGAACUGAUCCCCUCCAUGCUUCUACCAGGAGACCCAUUUGUUUUCAGAGCUUGUGUCAUUGUAAAAGUUACAUCAAAUAAAAUGCUAUUGAAAAACUCUUAAUUUAAAGCUCAGUUUGAAAGAGCUUAAUAAACGGGUCUGUAAAUAUCUUGA